AUGGCACCAGUGCUGGCCCAGAUCCUUGUCUUCCAGCUGGUUUGGGGGCCAAUCUUGGCGGAGGACAUGAAGGAGCAGAUUUUCAUCCACAACUUCCGCACUUUACACAUAGACUACCCCAGGGUCAGCUAUCCAGAAGGUUUCCUGGGCUACUGUAAUGGUCUGAUGGCCUAUGUGCGGGGCAGGAAGCAAAGCGAGCAUUGCCCAGUGAUCCACUACGUGGUACAUACACCUUGGCAUACCAUUGCGAAGACCUGUAAGCACAGUGAGAGCUUCUGCGAAAACUACAAUGAAUACUGCACCCUCACCCAGAAAGCCUUCCCGCUCACAAUCUGCACCCUGGCACUCGAACAGCCACCUACCAGCUGCCACUACAAUAGCACCCUCAGCAGCCGAAAGCUCUACCUGCUGUGCUCUCGCAAGUAUGAGGGUGAACCAAUAGGCAUCAUUGGCUACUUUUAG